GUAUGAAGCUGUGUUUACUACUGUCUGUCGAGUGUGUCUACUCAUUCCUAAGGAGAUUCAAGAGCAUUGGUACAUCCUACAUUGUAGAGAAGAGAGACACAGAUGCAAGAAGAUCUGGUGCGACGUAAAGAGUGGUCGAAUUCAGAAUAUGCAGAGGGGUGGGCCAGGAGUACCGCAGAUGUCUGCGAGACCAUCCAUCUUUGAAUAUGCUGAGGCCCUCCCUUUCUUCCAUGGAAGACUUACAAACACUGAGGAGGAUAGAAUAUUCAAGUACUACUUGGAUAAAAGAGGAGCUUUCUUACUGAGGAAGAGUAAUUCGCAGCCAGAUACCCUUGUUGUUUCUAUUGUGGUUGACUGUAAGAACAUCUUCCACAUCAAGGUAGAGCAGAAGCAUGGUAAAAUUUGCAUCCUCCAGAGCGACGCGGUCUUCCCAUCUCUGGCCUAUCUCAUAGAAUACUUCCACAUCAAUCCCUUCCCAGGUACCAAACACAAAGAACUCUAUCUCACCAAAGCCAUCAGUGCUAGCAAGUUCUCCCCAGGACCUGCUGCGGCUCCUCCUCUAGGGGGGCGAGCACCUCCCCUCUCCAGCGAGGAGAAGACGCCUUCCAUUGAUGAACGUCCACCCAUGCCGCUUCCGUCCUCUCAGAAUCCAAUCUACGCGGAGUACCGCCAUCUCUACUCUCGUGUUGAGAAGACGGAAUCGGACCAGCUGGACCUGAUAUUACGGCUUUGCGAGGAAGUGGACAUAGAGCUUCAAAAUGUGGGUCGUUUGAAGUGCUCUUGUGGUCUCUACAUGGAGGAAUCCAAGCUCAUAGACGAUUGGAUGAUGCAUCGGGACACAGAGGGCGAGGCCACCAGAGGCCGCAUCUUUUUCCUCGAUACAAAGACUAACCAAUCAACCUGGAAACUGCCACAAGAAGUAGAGAUGGAAAUCAAAAGAAAUCAUCCUGAAAAAUGGAAGCUGCUUUGUCGGCUGUUGAAAGAACCUAUUGCUAAUUAUGACUUCUAGAUGGGUAAACAAAGAUCAAGCAAGGAUAAGGUCCUUUCAAAAGGCUAUGAACCAAAAGACAAUGAAAUUUUAGGAAUAGUAAAAAAAAUAUCUGGAGAUAGAUCACAGUAGAGGAAGCUUACGGAUCGAUGUCAAAGUGUAGAAGGAAGAAACUAUGGUCCUUAAAGGUUUGGUAUGGUUCUGGGAAGAAUGCAUCAAAGUCGUUACAGAUUUGUCUGUAUUUUGUCACAGUUCUGAUGAGUGUCGUCUAUGAGAUGAAGAAAAUCUGUACUUAAUUUUCCAUGUUUGGCAUCUUGGUAUGACAGAAUUAAUGUAUGCUUUACACACUUCUUCUGUGAAAGCUAUUGUCCUGUACGUCACAUACUACAUCUAAGAUUUCAGUAUAUAUCUGAUCAUGAUUGUAUUAAAGGUAAUACAAAGUUUUGGGAAAUUUUGAAAUUGGGUGGGUAGUGAUGCUUUACAAUUUUGAAAUAUUUGGAUUCCCGUGUGGA